AUGGGAUUUACUCGGCGAUUGGAUCCAAGCUUGAUGACACUACAUUGUGUUUUGGAGUUGUUGUCAAUCAAGAACUCGGCUGAUUUGACGAACAUGGGGAUGACUGAUGAUGAUGAUGUUAAUGGUGAAGCCAGUGUCUUGAAUCAGAAUGGGGAUAAUGGUGAUUACAUGGACUUGAAUUGA